UCCGAUGGUGUGUCUGCUGUCGAUGGGCUCCGACCCGACGGAGAACAUCGAGAGACUCGCCAAGACCAAGGUCAGCGAGUCGAUGAACGAGAAAAACCAUGACUGAGUAUUUACAGGGUUAGCAGGUUUACUGAAGGUGAACACAAAAUAAAAACUGAAGAAGAGUGCUGUUCUCUACCUGCAGGGGGCGCCAUGUCGUCCCAUUUCCAUGGGGCAGGGCCAGGAAGUUCAUGCUCGGAGGCUAUUGGCCAACAGCAUGAUGGACGGCGGCUGGCUCCUCCUCCAAAAUUGCCAUCUGGGGCUGGACUUCCUGGAUGAGCUGCUGGAGACAGUAACCAUGGCAACCCCAGAGAACGUACACAAAGGUUUCAGGGUGUGGCUGACGACCGACGUGCACCCCAGGUAUACAGGAAGUAAACAGGAAGUGAACAUGUUGCUGAUUUAUCUGGUCACAGAGUCUGAAUGUUAGUGAUGAUAAGUUUGCCCUGAUGGUGGCGCUACAAAGUGCUCGAAUAUGUCGUAUCAGAAGAUUUACCAUCGAGUGAGUGUCCGAUAACCAAUCAGCAACUGUCAAAGGCUGCAGUUCCCUGAGUGUCCACUAGAGGCUGCCUCCAUCAGUGAGUCAGUCCUCAUAGAGCCCCAUGUUAAAAUAUCCGACUUGACAGCAGAAAUAAACACGUUUACAGCCUGAUACCAAAACAGGGUCUGGUCUCUGAAGCUGGUCUGGUCUACCUCUGGAGCUGAAGUCCUUGUGUACCUGGAUCAUGAAGGUUUUUGGGGGGUACAGUCUGGUAGAAGGUGUGUCUGUAGAUUUAUGUCUUUACUCUCACUUUUACAGAUUUCCAAUCACCUUCCUUCAGUCCUCCAUCAAGUUCACCAACGAGCCUCCUCUGGGUAAAAACCUGGUCUCUCCAGUCUGUUUCUUGGUCUACGUCUGAGGUGGUUUGUCCCGUUUGCUGGUCUUACUGGUCCUCCUGGUCCUCCUGGUCCUCCAGACUCCCAGCUUUCUUUGUUUUCAGUUUUAUACAGUAGUCGUUGUUUGGUUGAUUAGUGCCUCUUCUCUUCAGUCCCUUUUGUCUUUGACUCCUCGCUCGUCUGUUUCUGUCAGGGAUGAAGGCCGGUCUGAAGAGGACCUUUAAUGGUGUCACUCAGGACCAGUUGGAGAUCAGUAACCUGCCUCAGUGGAAGCCUCUGCUGUUUGCUGUCGCCUUCCUCCACACCACAGUGCAGGUCAGUGUGAGAGGACCUCCACACAGAGACGUUCAGGUCGUCUUUGACUUUGUCUUUUCUUCACCUCCUCCUCUCUCCUCUCAUCAGGAGCGUCGGAAGUUCGGUCCUCUGGGCUGGAACAUCCCCUACGAGUUCAACCAGGCCGAUUUCACCUCCAGCAUGCAGUUUGUGCAGAACCACCUGGACGAGCUGGACUCAAAGAGAGGGGUCAACUGGAGCUGCCUCCGCUACAUGCUGGGUCGGUCUCCUGUAACUCUGCACUGUCCUUGUAGAGGACUUUAUGGGUCUAACCCCCGAUUUCCACCUUCAUCCUGAUCGUCUCCUAAAAGGUCGUAUCCUCCGAUCAUAGCUGAUCGUAAACAUUCAAGUUAACGUGUCAAUUUCCACAACAUCCGGCUUCUCACGAUUAUUCCGAAUACGGUCGAAAUCCCGGGUUAAAGGUCCAAACUGCUCUUAGAUAGUUUGGAAAGAUAUAGAUAACCUAGAUGGUUUAGAAGAUGACCUCGGUGCAAAAGUGCAGAAAUGAACUACACGAAGACAGAAUCAAGCUGGCAGCCUCUCGGCGGGGUUUUUAUUCCGAUCACAGCAUUGAACAAUAGCUCAUGAGCAAUCGAACAGCCAGAACCAAAAAACAGCCCAUCCACAUAUCUUUUAUAGUCCUCCAUUGACGUCAGGGACCUUAGUUUUAGCCAAAUGUGCGUGCGAAAGUCCCCUUCGUGACUUUCUCUUUUGGAGCCAGAUUUCCUGUUAUUGUAAUUAAGCUACCAUGGGAGAGGGUCACCAUGACCUGAUAUGAAGUUUAUCCCAAUCUGACCACUCCACCCAUAACCUGUUUUCUUGCCUCAUGGUAACCUCCAAAACAUCCAAACAUAUCUGUUAUUUUCCCCCACAUAUCCCCCCUUUGAAUCUUUUCAAGAUUAACCAAGUUCACUGACGCCGUUGGAGAUUCACACUUAUCUUGUCUUAGCCUUAGUUACGUUACAUGAAUGAGUUAUGACAACGUUAUGUGAUAUGGUACUACUUGAUUGAUUACAGAUGCAUAUGUAUGUUUUCAAACCAAUCCAACUCAUGCUUGUGAUCACGAAUGUUACAUUUUCACAAAUACAACACUUAAAUCACUUGUGACUUGGUUCACAUCUGGCAGGGGCGAAAACCUGCUGGCUGCUUUGAGCAGGAAAUUCCCCUGCGGCCCCUCCCGCUGGCGACCUUCACCGUGAACCUGCUAAAUCUAACAGCUUUUCACUGACCCACUCUACAUGACAAUCAACCACAUGUUUUAUUUUGCUCAAAAAAUGAUUAACCAUUUCCUUUACCCGUUUCCAUAUACCUGGACUGAGUAUGUGUAAAUGAUGUGAGUAUGCAGAACACACAUGGAUAACAACAGAAUUUGUGUGUAUUGAUAUGAUAGUCCAUUUGCUCCGUCGUCCCAUUCGCUUUUCCUUUUGCUUGCUCGCUGCUGCUGCACCUCUGCUUCUUGUUUACCUUACACUUGACUCAGUCCGUCCUCAUCAGAGUCACCCACACAGGCAGGGUUUGGGUAUAAGUCCGUAUAGUCCCCAUUUCCUGCCCUGCUGUCGUUCAAACGGAGUUGUGCCAUUUGGGACGGCGUCAGCAAGUCCAACAUUUGAGCUUUUUGGAGACCAGCCACCACAGUCAUCUGUCUUUCCAGAGCCCGCAGACACUGCCUCCUCAGGAUGGGGAUGAUGCAACAUAUCAAAAAGGAAAUUAAAAUUAGGACUGCUAGUGCACUGAGUCCUAUCUUAGCCCAAACGGCUCCCCAUUUUCCUAAAAUUUGGUCUAACCAAUCCCAUGACAGUCCCCCCUUGCCCGCACUCUCCCUGAGCUCAACUCUGAGUUCUGUAAGCUUCCCCAUUGCUACAGGAAAUAUACCAUCAGGGGCUGUAUUAUUUGGAAUAAAGGUACAACAAUGUUUCCCGAACAUGUGACAUACUCCUCCCCUAUCCGCUGUCAGCCAAUUCAAAACCUGUCUAUUUUGUUGGGCCAUUAUACUUGCUGCGUGUAACUGAAUACCGAGAGCGCUCAGGAUCUCAGAUGUCGCAUUAACAAACCUCUGUUGGUUGUAAUAAAUGUAAUCUAUCCAUUGGACAUUUUUAUUAGUGGUGAUCCAAGGGAGAAUCGACUCUAGACCUACUCUAAUCUCAUCCUGAGCUUUAAACUCCUCUGGAAUUCCUAUUGGCACUCCUAUACUAUUGAUGUACACCUUUUCGUCAAUCUGCCUUUUAUGGCGGCUCAAUUUGGCUGUUUCUUCCCAGAUUUUAAGGAUCUCCUCGACGCCGUCAUGCAACACGACAACUGACACUUUCAUUCGCACUAAUGUACAGAGCCCAAUCCAUUUUGGUGGAAGUGUGUUUCGCACAAUGUCUCCACACAUCCAGUAACUGCCAGCUACUGCAACAGUUUGACUUGCGAAAGAAAUGCAUAUUCGGUCUGGUCAUAGUUAUGUUUUCACAUGUUCGAUCUAACGUUUGCUCUGGAUUUUCAAACCAAACAGGUCUAGUUAUAAACGGUUCGCUCAUAUUAGCUUCAGGAAACCAUGACAAUACCCACGUAAUUUUACAGUUAACAGUUAUGUUUUGGUAUGGAAUGUUUAUGUGUUUGAGCUCAGCUGAGAGUGCUGGCUCAGAGUUUAGCACGUCAUGGAUUGGUGUCUGUGUGGUUGCAUCAUACUCAUCUGAUUCACAUGCUCUGUCUCCUCUGUCGUGCGGGUUGGUCUCUGGCGUGGCUCUGGUCCCCGGGGUGCUCUGUUUUCCCCUUUGAGUCUCUAGCUCCACUGCUUCUACAGGCAUCCAUGGAAGAGAGUUCAUUACCACCAGCACACACCACAAUGUCAUGUUUUUCAUCUUUGUUUUUCAACUCAAUACCGCCCUUGGUUUUGCCUGGAACCUUCGUGCAGCGUGACAGGUGAUACCACGUCCCGCUCCUUUCGACCAGGACUGCUGUGGGAGUAGCUCGCACCACCGUGUACGGUCCUUCCCGUCGUGGUUCGUGCCACUUCCUGCACUGAAGUAGAGUUCACCAGGACCAAAGUGCUCAGGUCUUCUCCUCGUUCUUUUUGCCACCCUCCUCAGAGGACGGUGAUGUACACCUGGUGCUCUGGCUCGCCUGGCCUCCACCUCUUGACCGGGAUCAGAUUUUGGCUCUCCUCCUGCUAAUCGAUAGAUCUUUGCAUCGAAGUUAGAUGCCUCAUAUAUUUAAUUCACUAAUUUUCAGCUGCUCAAGCGAAAAACUUAAUUAUUUAGCCGCAGUAAAGCAUAGCUUUGUAAGUUAGUCAAUCAUGCAGUGAAAGAUUUAUCUCAGUGCUUUUGAUUGUGAGAGCUCAUAAGCGCAAGUAGCAAAGCAUCUUCCUAUAGGUUAGUGUUAGUGCAAAUUCUCUGAUCAGAUAUUUACUUGAGAGAUUAACUUUCUUCCCCAAAAUGAUGUACCAAAUCAUGCAAUGACAGAUUUAUUUUGACUCCAAGAUCUUUUGAUGGUGUUGCUUCCAUCCAUCGACUGAACCCGUCAUCCUUACAAACAUGUAACAUCUCCCUUGGCAGUUUUAAUCAUGUCCACAUUGCCUAUGAAUAGAUUUCUAAAAAUGUCUCUCUGGAACUGGAAAAGUGUCCCACUUCCGUUUUAUUGUUCUCUUCAAUUCAUCUAACAAAACGCAUAUCACAAUGACCCAAAAGUUUAUCACCUAUUGUCAGCAUAUUCUAAAAAUGUCGUUUUAAUUGUCUCAUCAUCUCCCCCCUUUCACAGCGUGAAUCACUGUGAAAGUCAGAUCCUAAGUCUGUUUGUUAAUACUAUUGGUACAAAGCUUAGUUAUUUGACUCUAAACCAUUUUCAGUGGCCUUAUUGACCUUUGAUAGCUUCCUAUUACUUUUACAGGUGGCACAUCUGUGAGGAGUGUAUGUGGAUUCAGCACAGCUGCAUUUAGAUUUAUCAGUAUUAAACUAACAGAACAGGAAUGUUACAAUGUUGAUGUCACGAUAUUUACUUUAAAACUAUAAACCAUAACUGUCUACUUACACACCUUGCGGUGAGCACCAACUUUGAAUGUUACUUCUACAUAGAUCCUUUCGGUCUAUAAGGUCAACAGGGUUAGAAUUAAAACUAACAAUUAACUUUUUCCAUCAUCCACAAAAAUCACACUGUAGUAAGCCACCACUUUCACAUUGUCUGGGCUGGGGCCCCCCACCACAGCUCCAGCCAGAGACGUCCCUGGUCUGGGCAGUUGUCAAAAAUGUCUGGUAUGAUCACAUCCCCAGCAGGUCUUUAGACGUCACACGUCCGUCAGAAUUCCACUCUCUCCCCCUGCCGGGAUAUAUCCUCUCUAUGGAGCAGGGUUCUGUCUGAGGAUAAACAUUCACAACAGGUGAUUAAACAGGUUACUGUCACAGGUUUUACCGCAGUUAGCAUCUGCACGGUCUGCAUCGCUGGGUCUCUUUUUGCAGUGUCUUCCUUAGAGGUGGCUGUUUCAACUUCCGCUUCCGCUUUCGGUCUCCGCUCUUCAUCUGGCAGCACCCUCCACAUCACAUCACACAUCACAUCACAAUAUGCAUUGAACUCACUCCCAUCUCUCAUGGGAUUCGUCAUUCAACCUUGUUUUGCCUUGCGCAGAAACUCCUCCAUCGUCUUAGUUCCCAGCAGUUGAGCCAAGAGUGCUUUCAUGUCUGGUGUAGUCAACAUUUUCCUACAGUUCAUCCUCAAAAACUUGUAUCCAUCUCCCUGCCCCCUGUUCAGUUCGUGGUAGUCUGGCAAUCAGCCCAACAAGGUGUUUGGUUUUCCACGGCACAUAGCUAGCCUGUGUGCCAUUUAUUAAGAUUGAAAACAUACUAUCAGUGCAUUUCCAAGCGAACAUAAUCUAGGCCAGGGGUGUCAAACUCAACCACAGCAAGGGCCAUAAUCUGGAUUUAGGUCUAACCUCAGGGUCAAACAGGAUCAAAAUUUCACUAAAACUGUCAAUUUCCUUUUCAAAACAUAUGGGAGGAAACAUAGCAAUGAUUUUAAAUCAUUUGGAAAUUCAAAAGAGAUAAAAUAAUAAUAAUAAAUAAUAAGUCUUGAGGCAGCCUAAGAUAGAAAAAUUUUAGUUUUUAUUCUAUUCUUAUUUAUUAGUUCAAAAGAUCAGAGCAUGAUUUAAAAAGAGAAAAGUAAUGAGGAAUGAGGAAUGGGGGGAGAAGUAAUGCAUUUAAAGAGCAAAUACACAAGAAGACCGUUGAAAUCAGGUUCAAAAAGGUCCCAGUAUGACUUAAAAUCUAAAAUUGGACUCUAAAGUAUAAAAAUGACAAAAAUCUAAGUGCUGAGUUGAACACGUCCGGUACUUUUAGUUCCAUAUCUCUUGUUUUUGCGUGUUUUACUUUUCUUUAUGUUUAUGGUCUUAGAUUCGCUGCUCCAAAUCCUCACACACAGCCACAUCAGAUGUGCCUCCCCUAGGUCAUAAAAAUUCAAACCCCUUGUCUCAAUGUUCCCAUUUCUUUGUAAGUUUUUGGAUAUCAUUUAAGUGUUCAGUAUAUUUACACCCUACCAAUGUGUAUCUAAUCUUCCCUUUCUGGUCAUGCUUUUUGUAAAAUUUAUUAUUCAAAUGAGCACACACAUUAAAACUUGAUCAGCAGUUUUGUAAAAUUCCCCAAAAAUACACAGUAUAAAGCUUUUGCCUCAACUGCAGUUCUAUAGCAAUAGACAGUAUUGAUAUUAACAGCUUCAAUAAUAUUUUAAAAACACAGUAUUUUGGCAAAAACAGCAGAUGUAUAGAAGCAACUCUUAGAUUUGAAGUUUUUUAGAAGUUUUGCACUUGUGGUACCUCAUUUCUCUUUCCUUUUUGUAUCUUUUAUGCUUUUACAAACAUUAUUUCAGCAGCUUUAACACAGAAAAUUUGUUAAGUAGCACAAGACGUGUUCACAACAAAAAACCAUAAUAUUUAAGCAUAAGCUAAAACCUUCAUAUCAGGAGUGUUCAUCAUGGUACUGGGAACAGAACCUCUUUCCCAGGAGUAUUUAACCUUCUAUGUCUCAACUGAUAACAUGACCGCAAUGAGCACAGUAUUCACAUAAACAACUAUGAAAUAAACACAAGUGUGGAACACAGCAAUCUUUGACUAACAUAGCACACACACAGGUGCAGAGUCUGACUGUGAACACUGCCAGAGAACUUAGUUGACACAGAACAAAACAGACACACACAAACAUCCAAUCAACCCACACACUUCACUCUUUCAUCUCACAAUGGUAUACCCUUUCACACGUGUUUGAAGUCAAAGUCAGUCACUGGAGUCAGUCAGCAGUCUUCUAUUUUAAUUCUUGUUUUGAUUUCUUCAAUUUUUCCAAUUUGUGUGAUUUUUCCAAUUUAUGUGAUUCUUCUACAAUCGGUCAGGAGAUAUGGGACGUGCUUGUUCAAUUGGGAUCCCUGAAUAGGCUUUUCGGCCUACCCUUAUUGACCUCUUUUUCUAUCUCCUGCUCAUCAAGCCAAUCUGUAUCUGUCAGAGCUCAUAAAACAAAAAAUUGCCCAAACUCACAGUUCAACAACGGACAGACACACUCGUGCCUGCCACUCCCCUUGUUAUCCCAAAAAUUACCCAGAACCUUUUAUCACCAGGCAUUCAGCUUAGAAAACACAUCACAACCCGGGCCCGGCUGUCUCCCCACGCUACUGGCCAGUGCUUUCCUGCACCCAGCCUAUAGUUUCUCACAUAGUCUCACGCAUGUAGCAGCGUGAGGCGGUCUGACACAACCAACUGAUUCGAAGAGGACAGAGAGCAGUAGUCCGCACCACCUCACAGGGAAAAGAACUCUCAACCAAAUUUUAGGAAAUCUCCUACCUUUUUCUUUUUGUGGCCACAGAGUGUCCUUAUCCCAUGUGAAGUUCGCAGAACCAUGGUCCCUUGUCCCCCGAAACGAAUUCUGGCUAAAUUAUGCCACUGGUUUACCCAAUGUUUAUAUUUAUAAAACAAUGCUAUGUGUGUUUUAAAAUGCACACAAUGUUUAUAUAUUUGUACUGCAGGUACGAUAGUUUUAAUAUUCAGCUUGCUGAGGGAAAGGAAGAGAGAAAAAACAAAAACUGCUCGCCAGGUCUCGGAACUUUAGGGGAGAGAAGGGCGGGGGAGCUCUCACGAAGGUGGGGGCUCCUCACCGAGUGAGGGCUGUAUGUCUUGGAUCCCAAAAAAAAUGUGGGGGGGGGGGUUUCUCACUAAAUGAGAGUAAUAGCGGGGGAGAGAGGGAGCUUUAUUUUUGGCUCACGCAAAGGUGGGGGCUCGUUCAGGGCUGAGUGAGAGCGGAAUUGACCUCACUUCCCCUUUUACUUCCUAGUUCUCUCAGUCUCAGUCUGACUCUCGGACUGUCAACUUCUCCUGUUUCUGUCUCUGCCACACCCUACUACACAACACACAACUGCCUCAGCUUACACACUCUAACUGCGUCUUUGCUCAACCUCUCUCAGACUACUGUACCAACACCAAAUUCUGCUUCACCAACAACCUUACGCACACAAUCGAAAAGUCCAACCCCACCAACAAUCUGUUUUGUGUCACAAAUCUCCCAACUUUAGGCACCAUAUACAGAGCCGUGGCAACACAGUUAAUCUUAGCUUGCUUAUAGGAUUCCUGCAACCACCUUGUUAAACAUUUACCAUUAUUUACAUGUUAGUUUGCACCAUGCACACACACAACACACACAUCAGGAGAGGGAGAGAAAGGAAAAGAGCGAUCAAGUACACACGGACCGGUCCUCAAACACACACACUUUUGGGGUUUUUCUAUUUUUUAUUCGUCAAAUAUACUUUUGUUUAGUUUUUCUUUUCGGUGAAUUUUUUGAAGGUAUUCUAUUUAGUUGGCUGAUUCAUAAAGAUAACGCGUUGAUCAUCCGUGUUUUCCGUGGUGUCAAUUUGGAAGGAAGUUGUGGAUCAAACAACUCCUACCUUAUAAAUUUUCAAUACCUCCAAUGUCCAAUGUUCCGUGUGAUUGACUUCAGUUCUCAGAUUACAGUUUUGUUUGUUUUCUUUAUUUCCCGUUAUUUAUUAUGAGAAAUGCGUUCGUUUCAUCUAUAAGUUUUUGUGGAUAUACGUUAAAAUGUGCCCAUACUUAGCGACAGACCUGACAUGUAGCGGGAUUUCCCAGCAAGUGUGAUUGAACUUUCGUUUACAGUCCAGUCAACCACAUCUAAAUCUGUUCCAUAAUUCCUAGUGGAUUUCUCCACGUUAUUUAUAUUAGAUAAGUCUGCAACCUGCAGGGUUUCUGCCUUUCGAGCUCAGUAAAAGGUCCGCCCCAGAUUGCAGCACUUAACAUGGGGUGGUCUGUCCAGGUUCCUCGCCUUUCCAGACUUCCCCGGGCUCCGCAGAGCAGUAUCUCUGAGGUCUGUCCAACCUCAUCGGGUUAAACUUUUACACAACUGCCAGGGCUUGGCUGCCGGCCAAUUAUCCAAUCGCGCGCCGUGAACUCUAUGCCCAUAGGAUUUGACUUCCCGGCAUCUUGUUCACCCACAACACAGAUCCGCUCUGCUGAUCACUGUUCUCGGGAUCUGUUAGCGAUACUUCUGUGCCCCCGUAAAUAUUAAGCUCGAGGCCUGUUCGCUUUACUCCUACUAUCCCCGUAAGACACAAGUCAACAGACACUUGGCCAAGAUUUUCAGCUGCUUUGACGCCAAUGGUUAAUUUGUCUGUCUCACAAUUUUCCACACACUUUGGAGCAGCCUUCAUGUAUACAUGAAUAACACGCGAGAGACUCCGCCCGAUUCUGCUUCCUUUGAUUCUAGACUCUUUCUUUUGCGAAGGCCCAAACACACGAUGGUCUCACCACACAGUGAAAUCACACAUCUAAUAGAGAAAUAAACUACUCCUACCUUUUGUGUGCCGGCACGUGGAUUUCACUCGCGUGGGGAGGCCAACGCCCCGGGCCUCGGCAAAAUCUGGGCUGAAGCUCGCCAAUUAUUUAGAAGAUGACCUCGGUGCAAAAGUGCAGAAAUGAACUACACGAAGACAGAAUCAAGCUGGCAGCCUCUCGGCGGGGUUUUUAUUCCGAUCACAGCAUUGAACAAUAGCUCAUGAGCAAUCGAACAGACAGAACCAAAAAACAGCCCAUCCACAUAUCUUUUAUAGUCCUCCAUUGACGUCAGGGACCUUAGUUUUAGCCAAAUGUGCGUGCGAAAGUCCCCUUCGUGACUUUCUCUUUUGGAGCCAGAUUUCCUGUUAUUGUAAUUAAGCUACCAUGGGAGAGGGUCACCAUGACCUGAUAUGAAGUUUAUCCCAAUCUGACCACUCCACCCAUAACCUGUUUUCUUGCCUCAUGGUAACCUCCAAAACAUCCAAACAUAUCUGUUAUUUUCCCCCACAAUGGACACCUGCUCCCCUGCAGUGACCAGAACCUUUCGAUCUUUUUUUCUUUUCUGUUCUUCUAACUCCUCGUUCCUGUGCCUCGUACCCAGGUGAGGUCCAGUAUGGCGGCCGGGUGACGGACGACUUGGACAAACGUCUCCUGAACACCUUCACCUGUGUCUGGUUCAGCGAGAACACCUUCAGUGAAAAGUUCUGCUUCUACAAGGGCUACAGCAUCCCCAGCAGAGCCAAGACCGUCCAAGAGGUCCUGCAGCACAUCGAGGCCCUGCCGCUGGUGGACACCCCGGAGGUCUGAGCAUGCUCAGAAACCUUCAGAGGAGCUGGUGAGGACACGAUCAGUCCGACUCAUUUAUCAAUGAAACCUUUGUGUUCUUGGUUUCAGGUUUUUGGGCUCCACCCCAACGCUGACAUCACCUACCAGACCAACCUGGCCAAUGAGACGCUCAGCACCAUCAUCAGCAUCCAACCGAAGGACAGCGGGGGCGGAGCCGGAGAAACCAGGGAGGCGAGUGUCCAAAGACUGGCCACUGAGAUGCUGGAGAAACUCCCACCUGACUACGUACCGCACCAGGUGAUCAAACAUAAACCUUUAAACACCAAAACCACCAAACAAAAACCAGCACCUGAGCCGGGCAAGACCGGAGCUGAUUGUGUGUGUGUGUGUGUGUGUGUGUGUGUGUGUGUGUGUGUGUGUGCGUGCUGAAGGUCAAAGGUCAGCUGCAGAAGAUGGGUCCACUUCAGCCAAUGAACAUCUUCCUGCGUCAGGAAGUGGACCGUAUGCAGCGAGUCAUCAGCAGUGUUCGGAGCACGCUCACUGACCUCAGACUCGCCAUCGACGGUCAGUCACGGCGCACACGUGUUACGAUGAAACGUUCAUGUCCUCAUCCUAACAUCAUCAUCAUCAUCAUUAUGUUAUUAUUAUUAUUGUUGUUAUUAUUAUUUUAUUAUUAUUAUCAAUAAUAUAAUUAUGUUAUUGUGAUCAUUAUUUUUAUUGGUUUUGUCAUUAUGAUUAUUAUGAUCAAUAUUAUUAUUAUUGGUAUUUUUAAUCAUUAUUAUUAUUGUAAUUAUAAUUAUCAUUAUUAUUAUUGUAAUUCUAUCCUUGUCAGAGUUUUGCUGAUCCUCUUCCCUCCUCUCACAGUGUUGCCUGUUUUUAUGAUCAUGUUUGUUUUCUUUCAGUUUUUGUUGAAAUAAUAAAUAAAUAUAAUAUUUAUAAGAAUUUCAACAUUGGUAAAGUUCCCUCAGUGUUCCUGUUCUGUGACCCCGGCCCGUUUACGUCUGUAGGGACUGAUCCUGUCCGUUUGUUUCAGGAACCAUCAUCAUGUCAGAGGACCUGCGGGACGCUCUGGACUGCAUGUUCGACGCUCGGAUCCCUCGCCUCUGGUUGCGGCUCAGCUGGCCCUCGGCCACGUUAGGAUUCUGGUUCAGCGAGCUGCUGGAGAGGAACCAGCAGCUCAGCGCCUGGAUCAGUACCGGGCGGCCCAACCAGUUCUGGCUCACCGGCUUCUUUAACCCUCAGGUCAGAUCAUUUUUAAAACUCGUCUUAAAACCCAUUUUUAUUCAUUGGCUUUUAACCCUCCAUGAGACUCGGCUCCUGUUUUAGUGUUUUAUGGUUUGUUUUUAGUUAUUUGUUUCUAUGUUUUUAAAUUAGUUUUUAAAAACAUUGAAGCUAUAUUUUAUUAUUAAUUCUGCUUUUAUUUUAUCCAUUUUUUUAAUUGUUUCUUGAUUGUUUUUUAUCUUGUUGUUUUGUCUGGUUAUGUACAGCACUUUGUACAGCUGUGGUUGUUUUAAAGUGCUCUACAAAUAAAGUUGAGUUGAGUUGAGUUGAGAUCAGAAGGAGGCCCGGUUCACGUGUACACGGAUGAUUUCUGAAGUUGUGUGUUUCGGCUUUCGUCUCUGUGGAAAUGGAGGUUCAGCCUCAGCCUCAGCCAAUCAACUUCACCGCUUCCUGUUUAUUCCUUCGCAGGGUUUUCUGACCGCCAUGCGCCAAGAGACCACGCGCUCCAACGUGUCCAAAGGCUGGGCCCUGGACACUGUGACCCUGAGCAACGACGUCACCAAGAUGAUGAGGGAGGACGUGUCAGCUCCGCCCCCUGAAGAUGUGGGUGGAGUCUACAUCUAUGGCCUGUUCCUGGAUGGGGCAGGUUGGGACAGACGCAGCGCUAAACUUACUGAGGCCCCGCCCAAGGUCGGUGUCAUGUGACUUUUACAGAAACAGGAGAAAUUUUAAACAGAAAUGAUAGAAAAAGAAAAAAUCAUGUUGAUUAUUUUAGGAUCAUUCUGCAGCCAAGAGAUCAGUCUGUGGAUUAUUCUGCACCACUGAGAGGGCCAAUCAUCUAAAUGUAUUUAUAGUUAUUUAAUAACAGUUUAUACCACUUAUGUCCACUAGGUGGCAGUAUUACUAUAACAAACAGAAUGUGUAGAUCAGUUUAAACUGUGACCAUCAUCAGAUCUGAGAAAUUCGGUACAGACCAGAUUCUGUCAUUUAAGUUAGUCCUGUGUAUCUCCACAGGGUGGCGCUAUGACUGCAGUAAAGAAAUAGGAACAUAGAUGUGAGAGGAAUAGAAAAAAAAGAUCUAAAAGUAAAAAUUAAAAUAAUUAGUAAAUUAGGAAUAAAAGAGGAAGUUAAAAUAACUGGAUGAAAUCUACGGACUCCCAUCAUCCUCUCUGCUGUCUCCUUUUAGGUCCUCUUUACUCCACUCCCUGUUGUCCACGUCUACGCCGUCAGCUCGGCCAACAUGGUCGACAGUAGGCGGCAGCCUGGAGGCGGCGGGGUCAGCCUGUACUCGUGUCCGGUCUAUAAGAAACCUCGCCGCACCGACCUGAACUUCAUCUUCUCCCUUCAGCUGAGGAGCGUCCAGCCGGCCGAACACUGGACGCUCCGAGGAUCCGCUCUGCUCUGCGACUGCAAGUGAUCAUGUGAUCAGAUCUGUUAUUAAUGAUGUCACAAAGUGUCAGUUUACAGCUACAUUAUAGACAAAUUACCUAUUUCAUUCUUCAUAGAUAAUUUUAUUGAUUUCUAUCAAAAAUGAUUUGAUUUUUUUUCAUUUAUUGAUUCGAUUAAAAUAAUGAAGAUAAUCAGAAAAAUGCGACUUUUAACAUUUUAAAGAGUUUAAAUUUAAGUCUAUUUUUUAUGCCACUGAAACAUUUUCCGGUCCCAACAAAGAGUCAGGUGAUCUCAGGUGGUUUUUGGGAAUUUAAAGAAAAAUCUGUUAAAUCACAGAAAAUCAAAAGUCCAUUUCAGAAUCCAUAACAGAAAAUGUUAUUUUGACUUUUUGGGUUUUGUUGAGAUAAUCUGGGGUUUCCAUCAUGUCUCUGUCGGUAAAUCUCUGAGGAUUACACAAAUCUGUGACUCUGAAUUUCUCCCAUUAACACCCACUCUCUUAGCCUCUCUUUACUUCACCUGAACUUCGUUUGAUUCGUCCAUCAGAGCUCCUCUGUGCUCCCUGAUGGACGAAUCACAAAAACAGACUUAAAUUCUCAGAGAAAUACCUGAAAAAUUCAAAGAAGACAAAUUUAAACAAUAAAAACAUAACCCAUUUUCCAGGACUGAGAAGUUUAAGGCUGAAAUCUGCAAACAAAAAUAACUUUUUCACAUUUUAAAUUGAAGGAAAAAACUCAAGUUAAAGAAAGUAAAUCACCAAAAACACGUUUUUUCUAUUUGACCUGAAAAUUUAAUCUGACCUUGUUGAUCAUCGGCACUGCUCGAUAUUUUACCUUCAUGACCUUUUUGAUUUUUAACAGUUUUAAAUCGAUGAUCUAAACUUUGUAACAGUGACAUUUUUCAAUCUACUCUCAGUUUAAAGAUAAACUUUUAAUCCUCAUAUCGAUGUCUAACCGAUCAAAGUAAAUCUGUGUGUCAGACCUGAAGAAGUGAAAUCAAAAUAAAUCCAGUCUCUGAAUAAACGGACUUCUUCUUUUGUUACAGAAGUGAUCCGAGUGAACUUUUAUUUUCUCUACAUGACAAUCAAACACAAAUCUGCUUUAAUAAAACAUCUCUGACAAACUACAGCCAUGCAGUCACUCACGAACAAACACCAAAAACUCCAACAACGCUGUAAAAAUACGACCGCUGUGAUGAAAGAGAUACAAGGUUAGUUUAAAGGAUGAAACUUUUCCAACAAUUAGGAGAGAGACUUCACAGGAAAACUGCCUUUUUCAGCUGAAUCAAAAGGUUGGCAGUGAUGAAUGAAGCUAAAGCAGCUUUCAUGGAUUAGAGAUAAAGAAAUGUUGAAGAAUAAAUAACCGGGUCAAGAUGAAGUGGAAAAAUCUGCACUAACAAACUCUAACUUUACAGGAACCUCACUCAGAAAAUGAUGACCUCCACAAAAACUUAACUUAAAAAUGAUUUAAAGGGACCGUCUUAAAAAAAACAAAGUUCUGGAUCUGAACCAACUAUUCACCAAAACUCCACAAAAAUACAAUCAAACCAGCAGAUAAGAGCAGGACCAGCAUUGACAUAACAACAACAGUUCUUUAAAUGGCACUAAACGUGGUUCUGAAGUGAGGCAGAAACAGGACAGGGUCACUCAUUUCAUCAGAGGAGUUUGGUGGCUCUUCAUGGAGCAUCCUAACGUCUCUACUCCAGGACUAAAACCUCCUUUCUGUAGGGCGGGAGGACUCCUAGACCAGCAAUCUGAACCUGUUAGGGACAAAACCCAGAACUCCUAAGACUGAAGGCAGAGAAAAGUACCUGAGUUAGUCCAAAACAGCUGAUAGGUGUUCGUCUGAUAACCCCUAAAAUAUGUUAAAACUUAUGUCCCAUAAAGAAAACACCUGAAUUCAUCAUAAGAAUCAUGUUUAUCCAUCAUCAGAUAAAGACUCAGACAGUCUGGACGUCUCUCUGUCAAACUUCUAAACCUAGUUUUGUUAUUAAGGCUGAAACUCAGACCUUCUGUUUUAAUUAUUCAGUUAAUUUAAGAUCAUUUUUCUUAAUUUUUUCUCAUGGUUUUGUUUUGAGUUUGAUUUUAUUUCUUGAAAUUUUUUGUUUUGAGUUUUAUUCUGGAUUUCAACAGUUCUGCUAACUUUCCUUCAAACACUCAGGUCGGUCGUGGCCGAAUGGUCUCUGGUCAACUUCCACUGUUUACAGUCCAAAGAUCUUCACAGGUCCUCUUUUGAGUGCAGUAAACAAUAAACUGACUUCUGUGACAGGUCCAGAUGAGGUUCUAUUCCUCACUAGGGUCUACAGAUCCAGAUCUUUGGACCUGUGAAGGCACUAUCUGAACACACAACCUCCUCUCCAGACUCCUGACACUCAACAGUUCAUCAGUCACAUCGAUCUCCAGUGACACAAAGCUCUUCACAUUUUAAUCAAUCCACCUGUACUGGGUGCAAAACCUUCAUCACUUUUUUCUCCAGGUGAGGUGCAGAACCAGACGAACCAGAACCAACAUUUCAACAUCUUCAGCAUGCAAACACAAGUGAACAGCAUCUGUGUGAGGAUGAGAGAGUUCCUGAAUUUUCACAGUCAAUGUCACAAAACAGUGAAAGAAAGUUUAUAUUUGCUGAUUUGAUCAAAAAAGUCCGGACCGCGUACUUGCGUAUGAAAAGCCUCAGAGUUUCUUUGUUUUCUUGAUGUUCAGUCAGUCUGGAUCUGAGACCGGCCUGUUCUCUGCUCACUUCCUUCAACAAACCAAAGUUCCUCUUCGUCUCUUUCACUCCUGCAGCUCUGCUCUGUAAUAGCAACCCUUCAAACCCUGCCCCCCUCCUUCCCUCUGUGCGGUCUUAGUGGUCCAAAUAAAACAUCCCAGAUCUCGUCAGAGUCUUGUGGUUUACGAUAGCUGCUUCAUGUCGUACAUUGGCACCUCAGACUCGGCUCCCUUCCCUUCAUCUUCAGCGGACUUGGCAGCGUCCGGGCUGCCCUUACGCCCUUUUGGAGGGGCCACCGGCACGGCUCCCUCUGCGGCUCCCUCGGCUCCUUCCUGGCCCUCCGCCACAGUCCUCUCCUUCUUCAGGUUCAGCUUGGCGGGGACGCUCUUGGUGAUGGUCUCCUUCAGCCUCUCUCCUGACUGCUUCAGCCUCUCACCAGACUGGCGGAUCAUCUCACGCCUCUCAGCUGUCACGAUGCGCUCGCCGAACUUGUUGACCUUGGUGCCUAGGUUAUUGCGGGUCUUGCUCAUGUUCUCCUUGGAGAAGGUGGCUUUAAAACUCUCGAUACGUGUCAGCCCUGUCUUCUUCAGGCGGCCAGCAGACGAGGAAUCUGCCUCCUCCACCACCAUGUACUCCUCAUCCGACUCCGGAGGGAGCUCAAACUUGUCCGGUUCCAUCUCGGCUCUGGCGCCGGCACUGCUGCCGGGUUCUGCUGGUUCAUUGCCUGGUGUGACAGACUUCACCUCCUGGUCACCCUGAGGAAGCAGAACAGAGAAGGUCAACUCGAGUGAAGAUCACAUAUUUUGUAAGUUCAUGACCUGGACUUUGUGCUGAAGGGAAAACUGUUUGAAAAAAGGACUUUGGUCUGUUUCAGGUGGAACCAGUUUCAACGGGGAUGUCAGCUUAGACUGUAGUACCGAACACAGGAUUUCCAUUGCAUCCGGAACGGCAGUGAUUUUAGAUUUACGCCAAUUCCUACUGAAUCUGUUUGUGAGGCAAAUUUCAUGGCGAAUUACGGACAGCGGGAAUCGCGAGAACUCACAACAACCUGUGGGGUUCUCAUGAUCAUCACGUUCAAUCGUGCGAUAACGAGUUGUCUCUCUAAUGACAGACACAAAGACAUAUAAGCAGUAGAUUGUGUCCUUCCAGAGGAGGAAAUCUACUUCUAGACUUCUAGAAUCAGCAUCUCCUCAUCCAUGGUGUCAUCGGGGUGAAAUGACAUCUAAAACCCUUCACUUGUUCGUCCCCGGCCUUUUGGAAACUGACACAUUAACUUGACCGGUUACGGCCUCUUCAUAGCCGUUCUGGAUGCGGUGGAAAUUGGGGGUAAGGAUGACUUAGUAAGGACCGGUCUGUGAAGGUCCUGGUCCUACUUGGACUUGACAGAGUUUUUCCAUAGUUUUGCCUUUGCUUUGACCAAACUGGAUCCAGGGUUCCCAAUCCUCCUAAAUCUCUGACUCAGUCAUUUACCUCAAAGUUUUGGUCAUGGUACUCCUCUGUUCCAGGCCUUUACUUGAUCUAGGCCUCUAGUAGACUUGGUCUUGACUCAGUCCUUGUACCACUAAGUCUUAGGCUGCUUUCACAUCUAAUCGGUUUUAUUCAGUCACAGCGAAUUCAAGUCUGUCUGCCGAGUUUGUUUACAUUUGUAAGAAAGCUACUGAUCUAACCCGGGUACAGACCAAACAACCGUACCAAGACUGCAUUAACGUUGGGUCUCAGAUCUUUUUAUCUGCACCCUGGUGUGUUUUGAUUGUAGUGAGGACAUGUACCUCCUUUGACCUGAUCUGACUACUGUCUCAGUCUUAAUCCCCUUGGUCUGAAACACUGCUGGUCAUGACUUGCGCUCGGCUAAGGUGGUUUUGUCUGCAGGACUAGUGUCAGGUUUAGAUCUGACUCUACUUAAACUGUGUCAUGCAGACUUUAGCUGUUAGCGUGCAGGCCCUGAUCCUCCCUCCAGAAAUAAACCGCAGCACCUGUUUCUGCAGCUCAGCGCUCAGCUGCAGCAAGCUAAACAUAUCAGGGAGCAGCAGUGUACUGAGCAAAUCUGGAUCACUUUCAGCUUCAGACCACGUCACGGCGUGCUCCAGUCUGAAACUGAAGGAUCGCGUUACUCUGAGCAUGAGAUGGAGCAAAAAUGUUAAUAAGGCCAAAGCUGCAAACUGACCCAGAUCCCUGCUGCAGGUCACUUUGGGAACAUUGAUACUGAUUAGAGACCAGAAAGUCCAGCGCACUUACUCAGGAACUGACCCCAGCGUCGGGUCCUAGGACUGCUGCACAGAAGACUUAGCUUUGGUGCUUUGGUGUUUAAGUUCAUCAAACGGUCCACCAACAUCUGUCAACACCCCAGGAAACCUUAAAGAAGUCACGGCACGAGUUUGUUCUUCAGCUGAGGAGCUGAUCAUUUCUGAAUCUCUCCAGGAUGAAGAAAUCCAGAGAGUUCAACAACUUCACUCUCUGUUCACAAACUCUGCUGUAACAUACUGAUGGAUCAUCAAGAUCUUUCAUUACAAGCACUACAGAGACUGCAGCGGACGACACCUGAUCGAGAGGCUGACAUUUCCAAAGCUUUAACAGAAUACAUAACUCUCAUUCCUGAACCUCACAGCAGGGGGGAGAGCAUGGUAGCAUGCACAAGUACACUAACUAUCUUAAAGUUAGAAGGUUUUAGGGUUAAGCAUCCAGAAGCUGAUGAAGCUGAUACAAACACCAGGGCUCUCAAGUUUUGAACUGAGCUUAGAGUGAGAUUUUUUUUCCUUGGGGGGUGGGGAUUUAUUGAAGAUAAUUGUUAUUAUAAUAAUCUAAUAAAUACAAUGGAGUAUAAGGGCUACAUUAAGAAAAAACAAUGUUUUUUUCUUGGAGAUUAAAGUUAUUAUUUAGGAGAAUAAAGUCAUUAAUUUAUAAGAAUAAAGUCGUAAAGUUACCUGUUGUGGAGGAGAGUUGUUAAAAUGAGCACUGAGGAGCAUUUAGAUGAAUUAUACUUUAGUAUAGUUUUCACAAACAUGGAGAUACUUAAUCCUUUGGUACAUGAGCAUUACACUGUCAGAACUUUAAAAAGAAUAUAUGAGAAAUGCUGCUUUUGUGGAGGGGAAAAUGGCUGUACAGAGACUAAAUUCAUCAAUACAUCAAUAGCAUAGGGCUUUAGUUUAUCAUAUGAGUUUAUAUGCCUUUCUCGUCCUUAUGAAAACCUGCUCUAAUUCGGCGAGUGUCUGUCUUCUUCUGUAGUCAAACCGCAAGAUAUCAAAAUCUACCCGGAUACAGCAAUGCUGCUUUUUGAUUGGCUGUUCAGUAGAUAUACUUUAUUUGAUUGGCUUACGCGUGGCACGCAGCUUCUGAACUCUCGGAGGAACUCACUUGAUUCCUACCUGUUCCAUAGUUAAAGAGGUGCAACUUGUGGACAUCACCAUGUUCAUUUAAAUGCGUGAGAAAUACAAUGUGUGGCGUGUGAACGGGUAGGAAUGCGUGUGUCACACGCUGAAUGCGUGAGACUUGAGAGCCCUGAAACACAGUUUGGGUUUUGGGGAGUUCCUGACCAUCAGCAGCUUCCUGAGCUCUGCAGAGAAGUGUGGUGUCCUCUUACCUGGACAGAGACUACAACCAGAAACUACCGUUUUCAUCUGAAGCCCCGAACAGAUGAACACGUCUAUUCUAAAGGAAUCUGUUUGAAUGAUUCCAGAUUAAAUAGAUCAGUACAACAUUAAUCUGGGAGCUUCAGUGGAUGGAGUCAGGCUAGCUGUCCUCCUCUGUGCUACGCUAGGUUAGCUACGUCCUUUCUCCAGCUGUUUACUAGAAAGAAACACACCAACUGUUCUUCAGCUUUGUCACAUGAUCGUCACGCAGAUUUCUAGAUCCCAAUCUUGUUCAAGCAUCUGUGAUCUGACUCUCAUAUUUCUGUGUCCAUCCGUCUGUCCGGGGGGACAUGGCAUGUCAUUAAUGACCGACAUGGUAAAAUGGAUCACAGACAACUUGGGCGUGAUCAGACGGUCUCUUAACAUUUUCACUUGGAGAACAACUGAUCUUUUACGUCUGUUUGUGAUGAACAGAAAUUAACAUCAGCCCCGAACC